AGAAGAAGAAGAAGAAUGGAAUCAUUGUUUACAGACAGUGAAUAACUUUCCAACUUCACCGCAGUAUGCAAAACUGAUGCGAAAUCUUCCUGAGGACAUGUUGUGGGCGUCACUUGUGUUUGCAGUGCUCGUCGCUGUGUUCUCGGGCCCAGGCUCCUGUUGUGAUCCACAGGAGUAUCGAACCCAGGCUGGAGAGUGCUGCCCAAUGUGCCACGAAGGCACCUUUGUUCAGAGUGACUGCACACCGUUUUCAGGCACACGCUGCAGACCCUGUGACAGUGGGACUUAUAUGAAUCAACCCAAUGGUCUCAAGAAGUGUUUUUCCUGUUCUUCCUGUGUAGCAGAUAAUGGUCUCCUUGUCUGGCAGAAGUGUACAAACAAAACUGACACAGUUUGUGAUGUGUUAAAUGGAUUCUUCUGCAAAAGUCUGGCUGAAGAUACAGGAUGCAGUAUGGCAGAGAAACACAAACGCUGUACUGCUGGUCAGAGAACAAAAGAACCUGGAACCGACAGAAUUGAUACAGAGUGUGAAGACUGUCCAAUGGGAUUUUUUUCACAUUUUGGUAUGAAUUGCACACGUUGGACAAUGUAAGACAUUUAUUUCUUUCCCACUGAGUUGGUGACAGCCAGUAGCUGUAGGCAUUAUGUUGCUAUGGUUGUUUUUCUUUCCAUCCCUUUGUCUGUCCCAUUCUUCAGAACACGAUUUCCCUUGAAUAAUUUUUUUUCUGAGCUCAAAACCUUUUUUUGUGAACAGGUUAUCUCAAGAAUGCCUAGAGACAAUCAUUUCAAGUAACGCUCAAAUCUUCUCUCAGACUCACAAAUUAUCUGAUUGGAUUUAGCUGGUUAAAGGUCAUGAGGGCCUCACAAAACAUGUUCUUGGUGUCUUGAUAUCUCAAGUCUGCCUUUAGGGAAUAUCCUCAGAUUUUGACUGGAGGUCACCUGGACUCAAAGAUGAACUGAUUAAAUAUCAGUGGCCAAAGGUCACAUUGACCCCAUGAAUCUGGAAAUAAAACAUGCGUAGACUUUGACUGUACUGGUUGGUAGAUGCAAACAUCCACAUGGUGAUAAUUCUAGUUUAACUAUCCAAUGACUCUGAUCAGUGGCUGAUCAGCUGUACCCUGAGGUUUAUCAUCACCAGUGUGAGAUGUUCAGAAGGGUUAGAAAUUAAAGGAAAUAAUUUGAGAAACAUAACAAAUGUAGAUGCUUUUGCAUGGUUGCAUGGCAGAGUACAGUACCCAUUUACAGUCACUCAUGCUCUGUGGCUUGCUUAGAAAGACUGAACAGGCCCAGUUGAUUUUGGUCUUGCACUGAAAAUAUCUCAGUUGCUUUAAAAGAGGUUAAAUUGUUUGCACAGCUCAGAAAUCAAGCUCACUCAGCUGGUGUUUCAAUAGGAGCAGCGAUGUAUUAAGAUCCAUGGGAAAUACGUCUACAAGUUCGGAAAUUGUGUUAGACAAGUGCAUGUUUGAUGAGCGUGAUGCUCGUGCCUUAGUGUGAUAUGGAAGAAAAAAAAUUGAAAAGCAACUCUUCCUCAGGCAGGUCGUGAUCAGACUUUGUAAGAAACAGCAGUCCGUCACCUGUUACAUUGCCAUGAUAGGGGGUAGAGUGGUCAUUCUCCAACAACAAGGUUGGCUGUUCAAUCCCCACUCUUCCCCAUCUGAAUGCCGAAAUGUCCUUGGCAAGAUACUGAACCCCUAAAUGGCCCCUCAUGGAUGUUAAGUGAUCUAAUUGUAAGUCGCUUUGGACAAGAGCGUCUGCCAAAAAAUGACAUGUAAAAAUUGUAUUUACAUGUUAGACUGCAAUGGUGCUACUGAGAUACUGAGAAAAGGAAACCUAUGGGAUUACAUAUAGGAAACAUGGAUACGUGAUCAAAGUGCAUGUUUCACUUUUAAACUUAGUAUGAUUUGACAUGUGAAGUUAAUGUGUUUUUACUUUUUUCUACUUGGAAAUACUCUAUUGAUACAUGACAUCGAUUUAUAAGUCCUUAUACAAACAAAGCUAAAACACUGGACAAAAAGCCACUACAGCCCUUGCGUGCUUGCGUGCCCCUUCUUUCGUGCUUGCGUGCAUUCACCAAUUUUUGUAACUAUACGACAAAGCUACGCAAGCCUCACGCAGCCCACAAGGCUGUGAUUGGUCCGCUAACUACAUCCUUUCCAGAGUCAUAUUUCCGGUUUCAUGCCCCAUAAUACCGGCAGAAACCAAGGAAGAUUUAGAAGAACGGAUAUGGACCAAAUAGAAGAGCACUUGGCAGAAGAUAUCUGAAAGUAUGACCACUUGUAUAACCCGUCGCUGACUAAAUACAAGGACACGCAGAUGACCUGCAAUUCCUGGAAGGAGAUCUCGGCUGACGUCCGUUUGCAGGUCGACGAGUGUACGAAGCUGUGUAGAAAGAUCAGGGACAAAUUUGUCCUCCAGAAAAAGUAAUAAAAGGUCCACAAAGACUGCCACACACAAAGAAUGUGUCUCCAAGGUUGUCUUUGACAAAAAACAUUACUCCACCUAGUGGUCUGGCGGUGAAUUGCUUUGCUGACUUGCUAGCUGUCCCUCAGAACGCCACCACACCACGCCGCCACGCCCCCCCGCCCUGAGCGACGCGACUGUCAACUGUCCACUCCAGGGCAGGGGGGCCUGGCGCGUGAGUGGCCCAGUCCUUGGUAUUUUUUUCUGUAUGUGGCCCUCGGGACAAAAAGUUUGGACACCCCUGACUUAGAGAGUCUGUUGAAAAGUGCUUGGCAGUGUUCUCAAUGAGUUCUAUUAUUAUUAGAACUCAUUGAUUAUUAUUUAUUUCUUCUCACAUCUUUUGAUGUGCUUUAGUGCUUGUAUUAUAUUUUGUGUUCAUCUUUGUAUAAUCUUGUGUUGUUACUGACUUUGUUGUAUUUCUAUUCUUACCUGUAAAAAGAUGCAGAUGUGAACAAGCUUUAAACCAUAAUCUGGUACAGUGCAUCAAAUGGUGAAAUUUAUUUUUAACUGUACAUGGUCCCUCUCAAAUUGAGUAAAAUGUUGUUUGUCUUAUCCAACAGUUGCUCAGACACCCAUGUUCAGGUGAAAGAUGGCAACUCACGUUCUGAUGUCAGGUGCUCAAGUGCAUCAACAAAUACUUCUGAGAAUUUUCUUUUUUUUUGUUUGGCUUUGUUCCAUUUGUUUUUGCGCGUUACCACAAUAAACCCUUUUUGAUUCCCUAACAA